CCUCCUGGAAGGGAAAUAAAAGGAACUGCUUCGGUUCCCAUGGCUGUGGUCGACACUUUCACCCCAGGGCUCAGCCCUGAGAACCCGCAUUAUAUUCCAGGGUACACCGGACACUGCCCGCUACUUCAGUUCAGCAUGGGCCAGACCUAUGGGCAGGUGACUGGUCAGCUACUCCGAGGCCCUCCUGGUCUAGCCUGGCCUCCUGCCCACCGCACACUUCUGCCUCCCAUCCAGGCUCCAAGAUCUCCUGUGAUCUCCAGGGGGAGGCUGCCUCCCAGGCGCGGGCAUGAAAGACUCAGCUCCAGCAUAAUCCCUGGGUAUACAGGUUUUAUACCACGGGCACAGUUCAUUUUUGCCAAGAACUGCAACCAGGUUUGGGCUGAAGCGAUGAGUGAAUUUACACGAAGGCGCGGGGAGCAGGAGAGCCAUCAACUGCCAGAGGCAGCCAAGGGAGAGAAAGAGGUGGAGGAAGAUCAAGGGCCGGAGGCAGAGGAGCCACCGCUGAAGCAGGAGCUGGCACAUGCUUCCCCAUACUCCAUGGAUAAUACAGAUCCCCACAAGUUCUUCAUGUCAGGUUUCACGGGCUAUGUGCCCCGUGCCCGCUUCCUCUUUGGCUCCAGCUUUCCUGUGCUCACCAACCAGGCGCUGCAGGAAUUUGGGCAGAUGUGUACACGUGGCAGGGUGCACAAGGACCCCAAACCUCUCUCCCCACUUCCCAGGCCCAAGUUUGAGAAUCUGGGUCUCCUACCUCACUAUGGAGGCUACGUGCCAGGAUAUAAGUUCCAGUUUGGCGGUACAUUUGGGCAUCUUACCCAUGAUGCUCUGGGCCUCAGCAUUACUCAGAAACAGCUCCUGGCCUAAGUACCUGGAUUUCAAGUUCUCCCUUCUCAUCCUACCUAACCCAGUGAACCUUUUGGAAUGAAGAGAGGUGGGUCGGGGAAGGGCACAAAAAAUUGUUUGGAGGCUGAGCACCUUUUUAUUAUUAGGUGUAAUAAAUAAAUAAUAAAUAAAUAAAUACAUACAUAAACAGAA